AUGCAAGCUGAGGUACAAUACUUGAUCGAGAAAGUUAAAGGCUUUGAUUCCUACUUUACAAACAAGUGCGACCGAUAUGAAAAGUACACAGCGUUACUUGUCAAAGACGGCUACUUUGCGCUAUCAACAUUUCUUGACAAAGAAGUCAAAAAGGAUGGAAGAGAUUUAUGUAACAUUCUGGAUGACAAUAAAGAUUCAUUCAGAAGAGAUUUAACUUCAAAACAAUUAGAUGUUCUUUAUCCAUCAACAAAAGGCAGUGCACAAUUAGACCCCUCUACGUGGGACGUUGGCUUAUUAGCAACAGUUAUCCUCAACAUUUUUGGCAAUUCUAUUGCACGUUUGGCAAGAAAAUUAAUAAAAUAUAUUGGCGAUGCUUCACAGGAUUACGCAGAAAAGGCAAUUAUUGCACUAGAUGGUAACAAGUUUGAAAAAAUUUCUACUGAACUUAGGACAAAGAUACUUAUACUCUCCGAAUACAUUGACGAAGAAACGGCAAAUAGAUGUGAAAUGAUAUUGGAUGAAUGCGAAGCGAGCGAUGCUUUCAAAACGAACAUGGAUAUGUUGAAAACACAAGACACUCUGAUGAAAUCCUUUACAGAUAUUCAGGAAGAAACCCUUCAGCGAACAAAGAAAUGCCUUCAAGAGAUGAUAACAAACGGGAUAAGUUUUGGACAAAGUCACGAACUUGAUUUGAAAAUGAUCACUCUUGGUACAGACGAAGAGAAUAAGAAGUUUGCAGAAGAAGUACUGACAGACAUAUGGAAGGAGUCGUUAGACAGAUCCAAGGAAACCGAAAUCUUCCCAGAAGUGAAGAAAGAAGUAUCGAAGAUAUUAGAAGAGAUAAAAAAAGGCAAAAAUGCUAAAAGUUUUUCAAUCGAAAUGGGAAGCAUAAUACUGCGAAUAUCAUUUAAAACGCCAAGAGAAAUGUUGAGUACAAUCCACUACUUUGAAAGUCGUAGUUUUCAAGAAGCAAUUGGAAACAUAGCAGAGGGGCUUGGAUACUAUUUCAACACAGCUUUUGCAGUUUUUACAGUGAUGCCGAUUGAUUCCUUAUGGGGUAUACUAAAUCCACAGAGUUCUCUCGCACGUGCACAAGAGUAUGGCAUCCGCCUUUCGAUAUCUGUUUCGUCACCGGCUGACAUGUUGCAGCUGAGAUCACUGAUCGUCAGCGAGAAGAUCGCAAAGAGUACACAGUACACAGUCUAUUUCAGAAGCUUUAUCGGAUCAUUUUUCUGGAAAAAUAACUGUGAAAGCCAAAGCUGAUAUGAAGGAAUUGGAAAACGUUUACGACGGAGAAAAUACAACGACAGCUUCUGGAAAUAAGCCAAAGAAAGAUAUAGACUUGUUAAUGGAAGAUAUUGGAUAUCGGCUGUUACAAGGAGCAGAGGCAAAUACAACAGAAAAACAACACAAUGUUGAAACAUUGCUUGACAA